UAAUACGAACUGUUCGUAAAAAAUGACAGGUACCGUAACUACAGGCGUGUCAGAUAUGACAUCAAUAUCAGACAUAGAUGAAAAUGGAAUUAAUAAUAAUUUAAAAAUUCGAUAUAAUAAUGACAUUAUAUAUACAUAUACGGGUUCAAUAUUGAUCGCUGUGAAUCCAUAUAAAUUUAUUAAUAUAUUCAAUAAGGACCAUGUACACAAAUAUCACACAGCCAAAAUAGGGGUUGCCGAUCCUCACGUUUUUGCUCUGGUUGAAGCAGCUUAUAGGAGCAUUGUUGAGGAUAAAAAAAAUCAGUCAUGCCUAAUAUCUGGAGAGUCCGGUGCUGGAAAAACAGAGUCGACUAAAUUUGUUUUGCAAUAUUUAUGUGCAAUAACAUCUAAUGUUUCCUCAUGGAUACAGCAACAAAUCUUGGAAGCAAACACAAUUUUGGAAGCAUUUGGUAAUGCGAAAACUAUUCGUAACGACAAUAGUUCUCGAUUUGGAAAAUUUAUGCAAGUAUGUUUUGAUGAUAACCACAGUAUUAAAGGUUGCGUAAUACAGGAUUAUCUGCUCGAGCAAUCUCGAAUAACUUUCCAAAGUGCAGGAGAGCGAAAUUAUCAUGUGAUGUAUCAAUUGGUUGCUCAAGGACAAACAAAUAAAGAAAUCGCUGAAACAUUAUACCUACGAUCUCCAGAAUUUUAUAGAUACCUAAAUAGUGCUGAAGAUAUUGCAAUAGAUAUUAAUCUGGAGUCAAAAAGAUUUGGCGAACUGACAAUGGCUUUUACAGUCCUACAAAUUCCACAAACUGUCAUUGAAAGUAUUUUUAAAGUACUCAGUGCAAUACUAUGGUUGGGAAAUAUUGAGUUUAUGGAUAUUGAUGGCGAAGGAUGCGAUUUAUCUUUAUCGGAUCGAGAAAUAGUUGUCAUACUAUCUAUGCUCUUAGGCUUAAAGGCUGAUGAACUAAUCAAAGUUCUUUUGCAUCGUCAAAUUAAUGUUCGAGGGAAUAUAACCGAAAUACCUUUAAAAUUACACGAGGCCAUAGAAAAUCGACACGCGAUGGCUAAAGCUUUGUACUCAAAAACAUUUACUUGGCUGGUUUAUAAAAUUAAUAGCUGCACCAACCCAGGACAAUAUGGCAAUACGUUUCUUGGAGUUCUUGAUAUAUUUGGCUUCGAAAAUUUUACAAAGAACUCGUUUGAACAACUUUGUAUAAAUUAUACUAAUGAAAAAUUACACAAGUUUUUCAAUCAUUACGUUUUUGCAUUGGAGCAAUCUAUCUAUAAUCAAGAAGAAAUAAAUUAUACUCACGUGGAAUUCACUGACAACUCUUUGUGCUUAGAAUUAAUUGAAAAACCUCCUAGAUGUGUAUUUAAACUUCUGACUGAACAAUGCCAUAUGCCCAAAGGAUCUGAUGCAGCUUAUUUAACUAAUUUACAUACUGAAUUUGAAUACAACCCAAUGUACAUCAAAGGUACGGAUCGACGACAUUGGGAAACUGAAUUCGGUAUAAAGCAUUACGCAGGAAAAGUAAUUUAUAUUGUUGACGGUUUUGUGGAUAAAAACCGGGAUGUACACCAGGACGUCUUAUUUGACUUUAUGAGUCGUAGUAAACAUUCAUUUCUUUGCGAACUUUCUAAACACCAGGACUCUGCUUGUUCUAUAUGGAUGCAUAAUGGUACAACUAGUCAAAGGGGGACGGGUAAAACGAAAUCGACGGUUAGUGAUAAUUUCCGUCAACAACUACAAUGCUUAAUUGAUGUACUCCACAAUACAAAGCUUUGGUAUGUGAGAUGUAUUAAGCCAAAUACUCUUAAGAAACCCAACGAUUACAAUGACUCUUUGGUACUUGAUCAACUUCAAUAUCUAGGAAUAUUAGAUAUAAUUCGAAUUAGAAAAGAAGGUUUUCCUAUUCACUUGAAUUUCGAAGAUUUUAUAUUAAAAUAUAAAUGUCUUAUAAAAAAAAGGUCAUGUUCGUUUACCCGCUCUGAUAUUACGUUAGUAUUAAAAGAGUUAAAAGUCGUAGAAACGGAAUGGCAAAUUGGAAAAUCAAAAUUAUUUUUACGAAACGCGGCAUACGAACCGCUGGAGGAAGCCAGGAAACAUAAGAUUUGUGCUAGCUCUAUUAUAAUUCAAAAAAACUGGAGAUGCUAUUCAUGCUCUAAAAACUAUAUACGAAUGAGAAGAGCCAUUCUUAUUAUACAGCAUGCAUGUAGAGGAUGGAAAUUACGGAUUGAUUUUUUAAGAAAACGUCGAAGCGUAAUAGUUAUACAAAGUCGAUUACGAGGAGUUUUUGCAAGAGAGGUCGCCACUGCUUUGCGUGAAAUGCGGCGAGUUGAUGAAGAAAUGAAAAAGCGCGAAAAAGUCAUAAAUGACAAUCCAACUUCUCAUUGUACUGAUAUUGAAGAUUGCGAAAGAUUAGUGCAAAAUGAAAUGACAGUUCUGGCACACAUGGCAGAAAACUUAAAUGCAACUCAUAUCAAGUCAAAUGAUGACGAAAAGACUUUGGACAUCUUGCACCCAGAAGACUGCAAUGCUCAAAAUGCAGACACAGUUGAUUUGGACAACCUUUUUGCAUUUCUGACAGAAGCUACAAAUACGCACAAUCAACUCUUUGAUGAAAUAAAUAGUAAAAUGAAUGAUUUAGUGCUGGAUCUUGAUAACGAAAUUGAAGUUUGCCUUCAAAUGGACUCGGCUUCAAGUGUUAAUUAUCAGAAAACCAGCGUCUCUAAUGAAACAAUAGAACUUUCUUGUGAAUCAACAAUUCCACCGGUGGAUAAAUGUAUAAUUAGUCCUCAAAAGCAAACAAAUACUGAGCCUAUUUACGAAGCGUUGUCAAAUACGGAAGAUCUGCAAACAAUACAAGAAAAUAUAAGUGAUUUUAUAAAAUCGAAUAAUACUAUUAAAAAUAGUUUAGGUGCAAAAAAGAAAGCUAUUGGACAAGCUGGGUCAUCCAUACACAAUGAUCGAGAGCAAAGGCGAAAGUUCAGAGUUGAAAAAAAACUCUUGGAGAUGCAUCAACUGGAUACAAAAAAAGAUGUACUAAAUACUGAUUCAAAUUAUAACAUUUUAGAAUUUGCCGAAAACUUUUUCAAUGAUCACGAACGAUUGAUUGACGGCACAUUAAUUUCCACGCUGACACGAAAAGGCAAGAAAGCCUUGGAUAUAAUACCAAAACAUGAAAUGAUAAUAUUUACUAGAUCUGAAAAAAUUCCAACUUCUCAUAUUCAUAUGUACGAUCCAGAAAAUAUAGUGAUUUCAUGUAACAUAUUCAAAGAACUGUGCAAAUAUAUGCGAGGAGACCAAAAUGCGGAACGUGAACUUCAUAGUAUUCAAUAUAUUAUAGGUUUGGGUAUUGAACGAGAGGAACUUCGAGAUGAAAUUUUUGUUCAGUGCAUAAGGCAAAUGACAAAAAAUCCUACUGCAGAAUGGGCAGAUCGGUUAUGGCUCUUGAUGUGUCUUAUAAUUGUCGCCUUUCAACCCAGCAAACUAUUAUUCAGGUUUUUCGUAUCAUUUUUAAAGCAAAAAUUGGACUCGUUUGAUGGAAAGCUCAGACAAUAUGCUCAGUGGUGUUUCGAUAAUUGUAAAUGUACUAAGGUCUCAACGAGAUUGCAAGCACCAUCUAGUGUCGAAGUUGCUGCAAUGCGUCGACUUGGCACUAUAGUAUGCAGGUUUUUUUUUUUGGACUCUCGUACUAAAGCCAUUGAUGUCCAUCCUACGGAUACUGCAAGCGACGCUGUGCAAAAGCUAGCUGACAAGCUUAAUUUAGCUUCAAUUGAGGGAUGGGCUAUUUUUCAAUCAAGACCUGAUGGAGAAUAUCAUAUUAAAACCUACGAAUAUUUAUAUGAUGUAAUAUCCGCAUGGGAAUGUAAACAAACGUCAUCUAUAAACUAUAAACGUCUAUCUAAUGGAUCUUCAUAUGGUGAAAAUCGAUUUGUAUUUAAAAAAAGACUGUUUAAGCCAACAAAAGAAUUAUCCCAGGAUCCAGUUGAAGUUGGAAUGUUGUAUGCUCAAGCAGUACACAGCGUUGUCAAGUGCGAUGAUUUCCCAGUAAGUGAAAAAGUUGCUCUACAACUUGCUGGUCUGCAAGCUCAAGUGGCGUUAGGGGAUCCUUCCAAUCAACCCAAACCCGAAUAUUAUUGUGACAUUAGUAGCUUUUUACCUGCCCGUAUAUCUAAAACAAGAGAACAACAGUUUUGGAUACCGAUUCUUGCACAAGCCCAUCGGCAAUAUGGUUCAUCGAGAAAUGAAAUGACCGCUAAAGUUCUUUACUUAAGUUGUGUUAUGCAAUAUCCACUUUACGGAACAACAAUGUUUAAAGUUGUAUACAAGGGAUAUUGGAAUUUUGUUAAUAACAUUAUUUUAGGAAUUAAUUGUGAUGGAAUCCUGUUUAUUCAGCCUGAAGACAGAUUAAUUAUAUAUCAGUUCAAAUUCGCUGAUAUAGAAUCUAUUAUGAUACAUCCAAGUGAUAGUUUUAUAACUCUAUCACUUAAUCGGAACUCUCAACAAAUGACUAAGCCGGUAAAAGAUAAAAGCUUUUUGUUAGAUUUACAAAAGUGUUUUGUCUUUGAGACAGUGCAAAAAAAUGAAAUUGGAUCCCUAAUUAUUUCUUAUUACCCUUUAUUAUCAAACUGGAUACUGAAUAAUUUUGAUUGUUCCAAGAGAGGAAAAGGAAUUACGUCUGAAGAUAGAUCGAGAUUAUAUCAAAAUGUUAUUAUAUGUCGAAGGCAAUUGAUUGACUUGAGCAUUGUUCGAAAACCGCAAGAAUCGGGAGGAUUUUUAAGAAACACAUUACGUCGCCUAUCUAAACAUCGAAUUGAAAAAUUAAGGUCUGAGCAAAGAAGUAAUCCUCAAGACCACGGGGAAACAUAUAAAGGAUUUUCUCAUGCGUUUUGGGCAUUUAGUAAACAACAAAUUUCAUCAUGCCUAUCUUCACUUUGUGAUCAGGAUGAAGCCAUUAUGAUUCAAGUAUUUGAUUCGAUUCUUCAAUUUUCUGGUCUUGGCACAUGUGGUGAAGCAAUAAAUAGAGCAGAGGAUGAACAUAUACGAAUUGUUCAAUCCGUUCUGGAUAGGUGCAUGAGAAAGGACUCUCUUCUUAAUGAACUUUAUCUACAACUCAUCAAACAAACGACGGAUCAUCCUGAUGCGAACUCAAGAGUAAAUCUUAGGCAUUGGGCGCUGUUGUCUGUUGCCUGUAGUGUAAUACUGCCAUCAACAAAGUCCAUUCGAAAAUACUUAAUUGCACACUUAAAACGAUGUUCCAGCGAUUUUAUAUCGGAAGAAGGGAAAUAUGCUCGAUUCGCCGAAAAGUGUUUUUUUAGAACUCAAGGAACUAGACGUCGUCAAUGGACUCCAAGCUGUGAAGAAAUAUUGUGUACGACGAAUCGUAGACCAUGUUAUUCAAGGAUUUAUUUUAUGGAUGGACAAUAUUAUUCUUUUGAGUUUCAGCCGAGCUCAACGUCCAGUGAUGUCAUAGAAAUAAUAAAAAACACCCUAGGACUUCAGGAAAAAUCUAGAGGUUACGCCAUUUAUGAAGUAUUGGGAAACACGGAACGAAGUCUUUCAUCCGAAGAAAAAGUUUGUGAUGUAAUGGCUAAAUGGGAGCGCUAUCGAACAGUAUCUAAAAAAGACUUCAAUCAGGUUCAAUAUGCAAUGCAACAUCAAAACCACAUUUUCUUGUUCAAAAAACAUUUAUUUUGCGACAGUUUUAUUAAUUUGGACGAUGCAGUGGAGAAAGAAUUGCUUUACCAUCAAAUAUUACAUAAUCUAAGAAGUGAACGUUAUCCUAUUUCUGAAAUGGAAGCUAUUAUGCUUACUGCACUGCAAGGACAAUUGGAGCUUGGCGAUUAUUCUGAAAAAGUUAAUGAUUAUGAAGCUGUAGCCAGCCACUGUUUACCACCCCGCUUUGUUCCAAAUAUUCCACAAGGAGCGGUUGCAAUGCAUCAUCAAAGUUUGAAAGGCAUGUUAAAUUUAGAAGCAAAAAAAUCGUUUCUUAAUUUGAUACAGAGUUGGCCUCUUCAUCGUGCGACAAUAUUCGAUGUUAUGCAAACAUUUACUUCUAAUUGGCCGAGAAUGUUAUGGCUCGCUGUCGAUCAAAGUGGUAUACAUUUAUUGGAACAUCGAUCACGGAAUAUUUUAUGUUCACAUGAAUAUGAAUCGCUAAUUUCAUUUUCUCCGAAUAUGAACUCCUUGAUGAUUUUUACUGGAACUGAAAAAAAACAGUCUAAGGUCAUUUUGAGUACUUCGCAGGCUUUCCAAAUAGCAACAUUAAUUAAAGAGUACUCUGAAAUUGUGAAAGGAAAAAUUGAAUAAGUUGCGUUGUGGAUGCCAGUAUGAAAUUGCAUUUAUUACGAGUAAAGCUUUGUAACUUUGUUUCCUUUCCAUCAAUAAUA